GCAUUAGUGCGCCGCACCGCAGUUCCUACAUACAGAGUGUGUGAGAGUGAAGCGGUUCGCCGGCUCAUGCCAAAGCUAAUACACAUGUAGAUUUUGUUUUGUAGCGUUAUACGUUCUCAUUUGUUGUUUUAUGCCUAUUUAGAAGCCGGGUUUAAAAGUAACAGUUAACUUUUUGAGUUUUGUUUGUUUUAUUAAACGUUACGCUAUUUUAAGGCCACGUUGGUGUCCCUUUAAGGCCUUAUGGACGGGUCAUUUUAAGACUAUUUUAGCAGAACGGACAAAGCGUUUAUCACCCGGUUUAUUUAUUUGGUUAGCUUUUAUUUCUUGAGGGAGAAUGAUGGCUGUUGAAGAGUCUGUCUGAGGAUAUCCUGCUCUCUGGUCCUCCGUCAUGACCCUGGAGAGUGUGGCGAUCACGGAGAGCUCCUCUGCCCGGGGAUUCUGCUCCUGCUGCGGGGCAAAAAUCAUGCCGUACUUCUCCGACAACGCGAUCGCUUCUCAAAACCAGAUCAACCAGCUUAUCAGCGAGAACUUCCUUACUGUCAAAGGUGCCGCCCUCUUCCUCCCGCGGGGAAAUGGCUCCUCCCCUUCUUCAGCACCCCGCAUCGCACAGCGUCGGAACAAACACACAGGUGACCUUCAGCAGCAUUUGCAGACCAUGUUCACCCUGCUACGUCCAGAGGACACCAUCCGCUUGGCCGUCCGGUUAGAAAGCGCUUACGCUCUGCGUACACGGUACAUGGUCAUCAUCUCCACAAAUGGUAGACAGGACACUGAAGAAAGUGUGGUUCUGGGAAUGGACUUUAGCAAUUCAGACAGCACAUGCACAGUUGGGCUGGUUCUACCCUUGUGGAGCGAUACGCUUAUACACUUGGAUGGAGACGGUGGCUUCAGUGUGUCCACCGUUAACAGAGUCCAUGUCUUCAAACCGGUCUCGGUGCAGGCAAUGUGGUCAGCCUUGCAGUCCUUGCAUAAGGUUUGCGAGGUGGCCCGAUGUCAUAACUACUACCCUGGGAGUCUAUUCCUGACCUGGGUCAGUUACUAUCAGAGCCGUGUGACCUCUGAUCAACACUGCAUCAAUGAGUGGAACGCCAUGCAAGACGUGCAGUCCCACCGCGCCGACUCGCCCGUGCUGUUCACUGACGUGCCAACUGAGAGAGAGCGCACAGAGAGACUGAUUAAGACACGUUUGAGAGAGAUCAUGAUGCAGAAGGACCUGGAGAACGUCACUUCAAAAGAGAUUCGGACGGAGCUGGAGAUGCAGAUGGUUUGCAACCUUCGGGAGUUCAAGGAGUUCAUCGAUAAUGAGAUGAUUGUCAUCCUAGGCCAAAUGGACAGCCCUACAGAGAUCUUUGACCACCUCUUCCUGGGUUCAGAGUGGAAUGCUUCAAAUCUUGAGGAGCUCCAGAACAGUGGAGUUCGCUACAUCCUGAAUGUGACGCGGGAGAUUGACAAUUUCUUCCCCGGGCUUUUCGAGUACCACAACAUCCGAGUGUAUGACGAGGAGGCAACAAACCUUUUGGAGUAUUGGAACGACACCUACAAGUUCAUUUCCAAAGCCAAGAAAGCUGGGGUGAAGUGUCUAGUGCACUGUAAGAUGGGAGUAAGUCGUUCUGCCUCCACCGUAAUCGCUUAUGCUAUGAAGGAGUACGGCUGGGACCUGGAAAGAGCCUUUGACCAUGUGAAAGAACGACGCUCUGUCACCAAACCAAACCCAUCCUUUAUGAAGCAGCUUGAGGAGUACCAGGGUAUCCUACUAGCCAGCAAACAGAGGCAUAACAAGCUGUGGCGUUCCCACUCAGACAGCGAUCUCUCAGAGAAUCACGAGCCGCUGUGCAAGACACCACGCUCCCUGGACCGCUCAGACCCUCACAACAACAACGGUCCUGCUUCCAUUCAGCAGAUGCUGGGCAUUGCUGUGCUUGAGUCUCUUACCAAUCCACAGCCUGGUACAGGCAACACUCAUACCAAAUUGGCAGAGUCGCCCUCGAAGGUGGCACAUGAAGACCCCAUCCUCCCACCUCGUCCCAGACAACGAUCGGCCACGGUGGUACCCGAGCAGAAUAUUGCAAAGAACUCUCAUUUGAACCUCGCGGUGAGCAAGCCUGUUGCUCGUCGCCAACCUCCUCCCUCUCUGCACGUCCUUUCACCAGAGGAAAGAGAGGGCGAAACAACAUCAGACCUCGGCUCCCAAUCAUCUCAUCAUGUGCCUGAGCCAAAAACAGACUGCGUUGAGUUGUCCCCGGACACGCCUGAUCAAAAUGACUCUUAUCAAGUGUCACAAAGUUUAGAACUAUGCCUGGAAAGCGCUGUCAGCAAAGAUGAAAGGAAUCUGCCUUCUCCAAGCACGCCCGAGGCUGACAGCCCCUCGGUACCCGGGCUGGCCUCCAGUGAUGAUAACAACAACCCCAACGCUGACAUAGUGGAUGCUGGCACAUCCUGCCUUAGCACAGAUAGCAUUGACUUCUUUAGUGCCAGAGAGAAAUUCCUCUGCCUGUCCCAGGAUAGUCAACCUCGCUCGUUUUCUGAAACAACCACUCAAUCCAGAUGCACCCCGCCCUUGGACGAUUCCAGUGAAGAAGCUCAUGAGUGCCACACCCACUCAGAGACCAAUAGUGAUGCAGUGCUCCACCUCCCUCACAAUGACAACAGCGUGUGUGUGCGUCAUAUAGUUACCGAACUGGAAUCCAUAUCGCACACCUGCAGUCCGCCACUGGCACGCAACUCACCCCAAACUGCUACACUGGAAGAGGAGGAUGAGAAAACGGCUUCGGUUUCUCAUUCUCCCACAGAAAAGCCCUCAGGAUCUGUGCGCCGGGCCACCGAGCAGUUGGAGCUUAUGCUGCGUCAGGGUCAAGAGGUUCCUUGCUCUCGGUCACCUCUUCCUUCCCCGUGUUCAGAGCUGCAGUCUUCCUCCAGUGACCCUGAGGGGCCUGCAGCUCUGACCUCUACUGAGCCCCAAAAGACUACAGAUGACACCAAAGUGCUUGAUGAUGAGGACUCUGGUAUAAUCCCUGAUCCUUCCUUCUCGGUGUAUCUUGAAGGGAGCGUUUCAGUGGAGGCUGACCAGAUCACAUUGAACCCUACUCUUGAGCCCAGCUCUGGUUCUUCCUCUCUGUUGUGGUUAGAAGGUGUAACAGAGUUGGAGACGGACGUUGAUGACCCACUGAGGCCUCAUGUCCGACUGGCACGUAGCAGUGAGGACUUGCAGAAGAUCCAGGAGACUCUUCGAGAGCUCCAGGCGUUUUUAUACGAGGCUGGAGGAUUGGGGUUGUGCACUGGACAAGUUGAGGAGAACCAGUCUCUUGAGGACAAGCAGGAUUUGAUAGAUGGGGAGCAGUACUUAGAAGCCAAAGCACCGGCGAUGUGGCAAAGAGCCAUGGAAAUCGAAGCCCGCAUUAGACAAGCUGGUCUCACCCCUCCUUCGCUCAUGAAACGCUCUGCCUCACUCGCUAAACUGGACCGACUAGAGCUGUCUACUAAUGACUUAAGCGAGUGGGACUUCCACCCGGCUACCACAGGGUUUCAUCAACCCACAUCGUCGUCUUUAUCCACUUUUGACUCCUUACCACUGACCCACAGCCAUGACGACGCCCAUAAAAAGCAGCGUGUUCUACCUCAGAGCCCUUCCACCCCUGAUUCCGCCGUCCAGUUGAUGGAGGCGGGCAGGACUGAAGGCUCCGCCCACCCCUCUCAGCAAACUCAAGUGGGCGGAGCCAGUCCCCCUGAACACACCCCCGUCCAGCCGACCGUUUCGGUGUCCACGCGACAACAGCAACAUGUGAAGUCUCACCCCGUUCGACGUUUCCGCAAAGCGUUGGACAAGAAAAAGACAGUCACUGUUUUGUACAACACCAUGUGACCAUGAACGCUGAGUUUUGUCAGCGUGAAGGACUAUCUCAGACUGCAAUUAAUUCAAGUUUCAUUCAGUGAAGUCUAAGCUAAAUUUGUAUGCUAAAAAUGUAUGCUACUGUAGGUGUGAAUGAGGGCAUGUGUGAACGAGCGAGUGUCAGUUUUGUGUUCAGAAUCUUUCAGGUAGCAACUCAGACAAGGGGGGUUGUUUCUUAACAUGCACUUUACUCUCUUGUUUUUCUUUUUUAUUGUUUUUUUUUAGAUAGCAUUUUUAUUUGGAUAUUUUUGCACUGGCUUGAACGGUAGAGUUGACUGUAUGUCCGACAGCAUGUGGAGUCAUGAUUCUGUUUGAAAUCAAGGUAAACUUGAUAAACUUUUUUUAUCCUGUGCUUUAGCUGUGACUAUUAUAAAAUAAAACUGCACUAUUUUAA